AUGCAGGGACAGGUCCUGGGGGCCCACAAGGGGCCGCCCUACGGCGAGGGGCAGCUGGCGGGGGACGCGGCCGUGGGGCAGCUGCCCUUCCCCGUUCGCCUCCGCGGCGGCGACGGGCUGCUGGCCGGCGGGCAGGGCAAGCGGCCGCCCAAGCUGGGGCAGAUCGGCCGCAGCAAGAGAGUGGUUAUUGAAGAUGAUAGAAUCGACGAUGUGCUGCAAAACCUCUCGGAAAAGGCCCCUCCCGGUGUUUAAAGGCUCCCUGGGGACGCUGGGCUGAGGCCCGGGGAGGGGUCGGUUUACAAUGGCACAGGUGAUCGGCAGAGAAUAACCCCCAGCCCCGCAGCGACCGCCGAGCGCCCGCAGCGCCGCCCGCCCGUGCUGCCCUCCGGAGAGCGCGGGGGGGCGGGCGGCGAGCGAGCCCCAGCCCAGCCGUGAAUUCAAACACGAUAAUAAAUUAAAAUAUGUCUGUGUAAUCGGGAAAAUAGUCACCUGCUUCAAGCCCCCCACCCCGAGGGAUGGACGGAGGAGUCACGCCGCGGCUGUGAAUUCCUCGGGAUCGCUUUUCUCGGGCUGAUGAACCUUGUGCCGCGCUAGAUCGGGGGGUAAGAGGAAAGGGGGCGGCGGGAGAUGGGGGAGCGGGGGGAACAGCCCCUGGAGUCUCCCUCCGGCCAGGGUUGUUCCCAGCGGGCACCUUGUUUACAUGAUUUAAUCUUGCAAAAAUGAAUCCGUGCACUUGGAUGUACCACGCUAUCCCCUUCUGUAUGAAUUUCUUUUUUUUUUUUUUAUGUUGAUGUCUUUGGAUGUUGGGAAAUUAUAUAAAAUAGAUAUAUAUAUAUAUAUUUAAUUUUAGUCACGUUUUAAGGUUCUCGAGGGGGGAAAACCAAAACUUUUAUAAAGGAAAGGCCUGAAGGAAGAAUUGCUGGUUUAUUUUUUAAAGCUUGUACUUCUUGGUUGCUGUGAGCAAAGGGACAGAUUUUAUAUGUAUGGGGGGGCGGGGGGGUCGCUCAGCUUUUCUAACUACCAUGCAGUCUGUAGUGUGGGUGAUCUUGGUUGGUUUUUUCUUUUUUUUUCCUUAUAUUGUGGCAGUUUCCUCUCUUUAAUAGACUGUAUUAAACAUAUAUAUAAAAGAAAUUAUUUAAUGUAAUCACAAGAGUGCCAAACACUUGGAGAUGCUGGAGGGCAGCGAUUCCCUCCCCGAGAUGAGCAGCACUCGGAGCUUUCUGCUCUUUCCAGGGCUCGGUCGAUCUCUCGUGGGGUUUUCUCUGACUUCUCUUUUCUAAUCUUUCUUUUUAACUAUUUUGCAUGACGUGCAUAAAAAACAAAAGGGAAAAAAAAAGGGGUGGGGGGGACAAAAAGCGCCUCUGGUGCCCGGGCUUGGUUCUUGUUUCUGUUUGCGAUUGACUGACAGACCUCAAGGCAGGUUUUUCUUUCCUCCUUUUCUUAAAUAUUGUGUAUGUUGCACUUUUAUCCACUACACAGGGCUAUUUCUGCAAUGUCCGAAUAAAAAGGAAAAUGAAACAAAAUGGAAAAAAAAUUAUAAA